CAGCAGCAGUUGCAGGCUCAACAUCUCUCCCAUGGCCAUGGACCUCCAGUGCCUCUAACGCCACAUCCAUCAGGACUUCAGCCUCCAGGAAUCCCUCCACUUGGAAGCAGUGCUGGCCUUCUUGCCCUUUCUAGUGCUUUGGGUGGGCAGUCUCACUUGGCAAUAAAAGAUGACAAGAAGCAUCACGAUGCAGACCACCACAGAGACCGAGAGCCGGGCACCAGUAAUUCUCUUUUGGUCCCAGACAGUCUGCGAAGCACAGAUAAACGCAGGAAUGGCCCUGAGUAUGCCAAUGACAUCAAAAAGAGAAAGGUGGAUGAUAAGGAUUCCAGCCACUAUGACAGUGAUGGGGACAAGAGUGACGAUAACUUGGUUGUAGAUGUAUCCAAUGAGGAUCCUUCUUCCCCAAGGGCAAGUCCCACUCAUUCACCACGUGAAAAUGGUAUAGAUAAAACUCGCCUGCUGAAGAAGGAUGCCUCCAGCAGUCCAGCAUCUACAGCCUCUUCAGGAAGUUCCACUUCCCUCAAAUCCAAAGAAAUGGGUCUGCAUGAAAAAGCCAGCACGCCUGUUCUGAAAUCCAGCACACCAACUCCUCGAGGUGAUGUGCCAACCCCAGGCACUAGUGCAACUCCAGGACUUCGUCCAGGCCUUGGCAAACCUCCAACAAUGGACCCUCUGGUUAACCAAGCCGCUGCAGGUUUGCGGACACCGUUGGCAGUACCAGGACCGUACCCUGCUCCAUUUGGAAUGGUACCUCAUGCUGGCAUGAAUGGAGAGUUAACCAGUCCAGGGACAGCCUAUGCCAGUCUGCACAAUAUGUCACCCCAGAUGAGUGCUGCUGCUGCUGCAGCUGCUGUGGUUGCCUAUGGAAGAUCUCCUAUGGUUGGGUUUGAUCCUCCUCCUCACAUGAGGGUACCUGGAAUCCCUCCAAAUCUAGCAGGGAUUCCUGGGGGAAAACCAGCCUACUCUUUUCACGUUACUGCAGAUGGUCAGAUGCAGCCAGUUCCUUUUCCUCCUGACGCCCUUAUUGGUCCAGGAAUCCCUCGCCAUGCUCGUCAGAUCAACACUCUGAACCACGGGGAAGUCGUGUGUGCAGUUACCAUCAGCAACCCCACGAGACACGUGUACACGGGUGGGAAGGGGUGCGUCAAAGUCUGGGACAUAAGCCAGCCUGGCAACAAGAGCCCUGUCUCUCAGCUGGACUGCCUGAACAGAGAUAACUACAUCCGCUCUUGUAAAUUGCUGCCUGAUGGAUGCACACUCAUAGUUGGCGGAGAAGCCAGCACAUUAUCCAUAUGGGACCUGGCAGCACCAACUCCUCGUAUAAAAGCAGAGCUGACAUCCUCAGCGCCUGCCUGCUAUGCUCUGGCUAUCAGCCCUGAUUCCAAGGUGUGCUUUUCCUGCUGCAGUGAUGGGAACAUUGCAGUGUGGGAUCUGCACAAUCAGACAUUGGUCAGGCAAUUCCAGGGCCACACAGACGGAGCCAGCUGUAUUGACAUUUCUAAUGAUGGUACCAAGCUCUGGACAGGAGGUUUGGAUAACACUGUCAGAUCCUGGGACUUGAGAGAGGGCAGACAGCUACAACAGCAUGACUUCACAUCACAGAUAUUUUCCCUUGGUUAUUGUCCUACUGGUGAAUGGCUAGCUGUGGGUAUGGAAAGCAGCAAUGUAGAAGUGCUGCAUGUAAAUAAACCAGACAAAUAUCAACUGCACCUUCAUGAGAGUUGCGUAUUGUCACUCAAGUUUGCUUACUGUGGUAAAUGGUUUGUGAGUACUGGGAAAGAUAACCUUCUUAAUGCGUGGCGAACUCCUUAUGGGGCCAGUAUCUUCCAGUCCAAAGAAUCUUCAUCAGUGCUUAGCUGUGACAUCUCUGUGGAUGAUAAGUACAUAGUCACUGGCUCUGGAGACAAAAAAGCUACAGUCUAUGAAGUUAUCUACUGAAAAAUAUGAUGGGGAUAUAACUUCUAGAAGUUGAACUGGGCCAAAAUUGUUCUUAAUUGUAGAAGUAGAAUGGUUUUGCCUUUUAAAAGGAACAAAAGUAUUGAGGUUUGAGACCUUGCCAUGAAACUACUCCAGUUUUUCAAAAUAGAAGGCAACAUCCAGCAACUCAGUAUUGGCUACGUGGACCAGGUGGAACACAGAGGCAAGAUGGACAGACAUAGCCGAGGUUUUUGACAUUGUUUUUCAAAGCCAAGUCUACUGAAGAGUGUUGGAGCCUUUUAUUUUAUUCUUUCCUUGUGACCUCAUGCAAAUUGUUCUCAUUGCCUGAAUAUGGGGGAUAAAUACCUUUCUGUUCCUUGCAGUUGAAGUUGCAUUCUGUCCUGUGUAGAGCAGCGGUGUCUCAGAUGAACUUGUUUCCUGCUUUUGCAUCUUGUGAUAUGUUUUGUAUUUUUGUUGAAGGUCAGACGUUUGUAUAAAUUGUAAAUAUAUUUAGUUUACUACAGUAAAGGCUUUAGUACCAACAACCAGUCUUCCCCCUUGCCCCCUCCCUGCCCACCCUGCUUAUUUAAAAUUAAAAACAUUUUGGGGAUAUAAGUACCUUUUUAGAAGCAAAAGCAAACACUAUGUAUAGUUUGAAAAUGGUGUCUUAUUCUUUAUACCUGUUCCUAGAUUCCUUUAUCGUACUUCAAA